UCCUACCCACCGCGUCUAACCCAGUCAGUCAGUCGUGUACUGAUGAUCCGACCGGCGACCAGGUAGUAUCGCUGAUUAUGCGCGACAUGAGCACCACCGCCAUCGUAGUAGUGUUUUACGAGCGUUAUGUAAAAUGGAAUUAAACAAUGUUGUUAAGACGUAAACAUGUUUUGGCUACACUGUGGACUCUUUGUUCUCGUGAUUGCCGUACCUGGAUUUAUUAGCAGCGCCGACAGCACGUCCAAGCGAGAAGCCGACUACACUUUAGAUGAUUCCUUUUGGAACGAAGAAACUCCUGUUGGUGAGGUCGAACGACUACUACGAGAGUAUCGACAAAACCAAGAGCUAGUACAAAAUAUCGGGACCCAUGAUCAUCAGAUCAUCUAUCCAGUACAGUUACGGCAUCACGAGAAAAUGGGGAUAUCCACAAGAGAAGUCAGCGUAUCGAAGUUUCCUCAAAGAGGAUACGGAGAGGGUGGAUAUCAAAACGCUCGCGGCAGAAUGAAAUCGGGAAGACAUUUUCAUCGGACGUCCCUUUUGAUCAAGGCCUUUAAUCAUAAAUUUCGCCUAGACUUAGAAUUAAAUACGCAACUUUUAGCUCCGAAUCUCGAUCAAAAAGACUAUUUAGCCAGCGGCGCGGAACAAAGUUCGAAACAGGAGAUAGAGCACUGCUACUAUCACGGCACCGUCAGAGAUUAUCCAGGAGCCAUCGCUGCUUUUCACACGUGUAACGGUCUCAGCGGUGUCAUUCACUUAGGCAACGAGACCUUCCUCGUUCAUCCAUUCUACGGCGGCGAUUUGUCGCAGAGACAUCCUCACGUUAUAUUUGAAGCUCGAACAAAAGUUAACCCAGGCUGCGCUAACACGGGGAACGCUAACAUAGGGGGCCCUAACUUGGUGAACCCUAACCCUAAUUUUGAGUGGCGUGGAAAGAACCGCCGGCAGAAGCAUGUUCUGGGGCUAUCGGAGACCACUUCUGAUCGAUACAAGAGAGACAUCCGUGACGCAACCAAAUACAUCGAAACUGCCAUCAUUAUCGAUAAGGCUAUGUUCGAGAAGAGGAACGGUAGCACCAGAGCGGAGGUUGUUCACGAUGCCAUCCAAGUCGCCAAUAUCGCGGACAUGUACUUCCGUUCGUUAAGCACUAGAGUCUCCGUCGUAUACAUCGAAACCUGGCAGGGCAAGAACCAGGUGAGCAUCGUAACAGGCAUGGAUAUCGCUGACGCUUUGCUCAUCUUAAACAAUUACACAAGGCGAACAAUGUUCCGUGUUCAGCAUGAUACCACUCAAUUACUCACGGGUGAAACGUUCAAGGGCGGAGUGUCGGGGGUGGCCGCACCUUCGACCGCUUGUAAACAAACAUCCAUAGGAAUCAGCGUCGACUUGAACAGCUACGAGCCUCAUCUGUUAGCUAGUACCAUGGCUCACAUGAUCGGCCAUAAUAUCGGCAUGAGCCACGACGAUGGAAGGACCGGGUGCACCUGCCGCGAGUGGCACGGCUGCAUCAUGGCUAAAUCGAUCGUCGGCACGUCGAACGUUCAGCCGUACACGUUCUCCGAGUGCAGUAAAGCAGACUACACAGAUACGUUGAAGAACGGCAAGGGCCUCUGCCUUCUUAACAAACCAAACGAGUUGGAAGUGAGGAGUUCUUGCGGAAACAAGAUAAUCGACGACGGUGAACAAUGCGAUUGUGGAUCGAUCGAAGAGUGCCAUGAGCUGGACCCUUGCUGCGAUCCCAUCACCUGCAAACUCACCACGGAGGCGAAAUGCGCGACUGGUCCAUGCUGCAGCGACUGCAAGCUGCUGGCCCGCGGCGUGGUAUGCCGAGAGUCGACAGACGAAUGCGACCUGCCGGAAGUCUGCACCGGAGAGAAUGGCCAGUGUCCGACGGAUGUUUACAAGAAGAACGGGAGCCCUUGCAUGAAGGAUAAAGGAAGCUGUUAUAACGGCGUUUGCCCGGCUCUGGAUCUCCAGUGCGAGCAAAUCUGGGGACCCAGAGGCAUAGCCGCGGACGACCAGUGUUUCGAACAGUUUAAUUCCAAGGGUUCACUCAACGGACACUGCGGCACUGACGCUUCCGGCCACUACAUCAAAUGCGAACCGGAGAACGUUCGCUGCGGAUCUCUGCAGUGCCAAAAAGGCCGCAAGCAGCCAGUAGUGGUCGGAAUGGAUCACUCAAGAACCAUAAUCUCGAUAAAGGGUCAGGAAUACGAGUGCAAGUCUACCACUGGAAGAAUAGAAGGAUCAGAGAUGCCAGGCAUGGGACUGGUUCGCGACGGAACAAUCUGCGGAACCAAUAUGAUUUGCGUGAACCAGACCUGCAUGAACGGCUUGCAGCCCUCAGGCAAGGACAAGUGCCCCACCAACCACAACCACAACGAGUGCUCGGGAAAUGGCGUGUGCACGAACGUGAACAAAUGCUACUGCUAUCCGGGAUGGGACGGGACAGACUGCUCCAUAGAGCAGGACAUUCCUACUUUACCGCCGACAACAACUAGGCCUGAAUCAGCCGCUACAAAUAGUAGUACAACUGCUAAACCAGCGAGGAAAGAGACCCCCUACGAGAACUACCACGGCUCUAACACUGUAUUUUUAGUUGGUGUGCUCAUGUCGGUGGUAGGGGGUGUUUUCAUAGUAUUUGCUCUGAUGGCUCUCUGCUACAGGUCAGUCGUAGUACAUAAAAACUACUCCCUCUGUCUCAGAAGGAAGAGCACCGUCCAGAAGUACGACCAACCGUACGCGAAAAAACACCCGCAGACGCAGAGGAGCUACAGCGACGUUUCUGGGAACCAUCAUCCUGGACACGAGGUCCUGGACGGCGUGAACAAGAAUAUCCUCACGUUCAACAGUAUGCCUAAUUACAGCCGCGGCGAGCCCCAGCGCGUGGUGUUUCAAGCUCCGAAUAACGUCGCCACUGCAGACGGGCCAAGAGUCAAGGAGCACAAAUCGCAGAUGAAGAGGCCCGUGAUAUCCGGGGACGACGGAGGUAUGGGGACAGAGGAGGCUGUCUCUUUCAUUGAUCUGCAAGGAAACAAAGAGAAAAAGAAGGGAAUUUUAAAGAAACACGUUGAUUACGGUAUUGUAAUGGCUGAUACAGGUGGUGGAACGGUACCAACAGGGGCGUGUCCCCUGGAACAGCUAACCGGCUACCACGAGCACAUAAUCGAGGCCCUGAGACACGCGGCCACCUGCAUAGAUACCUCGGGCACACCAUCAGCCAGCGGUAACCCCAUGGAUGACGAAGCUCUGAUGGAAGAUCUGACGGACGACGGGUAUCGCGAGGACGUCGGCGGGCAGGAGCACGUCGAUAACCAGAUUGAAGAGGAAUACGGUGGACCGUGUAGCACCAUUCGUAUACGGAACUUGGACGACCUGUUCAAGCAGCUGGAUCGACACACGCGACACUCGAGCCCCUGCGACUCGGAGGACAUCCGGAUGUCAGAGAGCGAGCCAGACCGCCACUAUAGAAUAGAUUCGUCCGUUUGUAGCGAGUCCUCCCAAGGAAGCAGAAGAUGUAGCCGCGGCCGUGACGAUACCUACGGUAGAUAUUGUCAGCCAUCGUCUCGAAGUCCUUACGGCACCCAUCAGCACACUCAACACUCCCAUCAAAUGCACAAGGAGGAGGGUAUCUAUGAAACUGCCGACCCUGACAGAGGCUCAAAUACUAGGGGUGAAACGCCUGAUAGUGAAAGUGAUGCAUUUAUUCAAGCUCAACAACAGUUAGCCCGAUGGAUUAGUGAGGACGGAGUACAACACCGGCCACCGCAGCAGCCGCCGCCGCAGCCACAGCCGCCACCUGCGAUGACCGGUGACACGAUGCCGUUGCUGCAGCGUCAUCGCUCACAGCGAGAACACCGUCACCAACAGCAACAACAGCAGCGUCACCAUCAAGCGCAGCAGCCUCAACAGCAGCAGCAACCGCAGUCAUCGUCGCAGCAACAACAACAACAACAACAGCAACAAGAACAACACCAACUGCCGGUGGAACAACAACUGCCAAUACAGCAGCGCGGCUAUUAUCCAUCCCCACCCCACACUACUGAUAACGGUCUCGAGAACGAGGAGACUGAAAAUGCUCAAUCCCACCAGAAACAACAAAAGCUCCCCGACGUUCGUGGAAUCGAUGUUAAUCACUUGCCUAAUAUUAACAAAUGCCCACUAGACGAUAACUUUAGUCUAGAUUGUAACAUAAAUAAUGGAUCCCCUAAAGAAUUAAAUACCAACAACACUAGUGAUAACGAAAAUACUGCCCUACUGCCCCCUUCGCAUUUUCCUGAGUACAAGCAUUGAUAAUUAUUAAUCGAUGACAGAUAGUGUCCAUAAAACAUAGUGGUGUGAUUUAAUCUUGAACUCGCAUUUUAUACUGAAUAGUGUAAAUAUAACGAUAAACUAUUGAUCGAAACAACAACAACAACAUCAACAACAACAAGAACAAGAGAAAAGAAAAAA